UAUUCUCCUGUCAACCUGUCAUGUCAGCACGAUUUCAUGAAAAAAUUUGACGUAAAGCAUUCAUAAACACAGGGAUAAAUAAAUUGUUUAAAGGCUACUUUAGCUCGAAAUACCAAAAAUUAUUAUUCGUCAAGCUUGAAUAUCUUUCGAAUUUUGAAAUUCAAAUUACAUCAUCAAAUUUCAACUAGCAUGAAACCUACAGAAAAAAGUAUUGAUACGUUGCAAACAAUUCCAAAUGGGAAUGCUAAGGCUUCAUCAACAGUAGAAAUAAAGAGGAACAAUGGACUUAUGAAGUUGUCCAGCUAUGUUUUAGCCCUACGUCCAUGGUCUCUCAGCGCUAGUCUUAUGCCUACCCUAUUAGGGUCUACCAUUGCCUAUAAAUAUCCUGGUGAAGCAGAUUUUAACUAUUUCACAUUGUUACUCACUGUAAUAACUGUGAUAUCUGUACAUGGAGCUGGAAAUGUAGUCAAUACAUAUUUUGAUUAUGUAAAGGGUAUUGAUAAUCGAAAAUCUGAUGAUAGAACACUGGUGGAUCACAUUCUAACUAAAGAUGAGGUUGUAUCUCUUGGAGCAUACUUAUAUUUUGCGGGUUGUGUAGGCUUUAUUCUGCUUGCAGUACUGUCACCCGCUAAAAUGGAACAUUUAGCCUUGGUUUAUUUUGGAGGACUAUCCUCUAGUUUCUUAUACACUGGUGGUAUAGGAUUCAAGUACAUUGCAUUGGGAGAUGUUUUGAUACUUACAAUAUUUGGACCCAUUUCAGUUUUAUUUGCUUUUAUGUCCCAAACAGGAUAUGUAGAAUGGUCUACGAUGUAUUAUGCUAUCCCUUUAGCCCUGAAUACAGAAGCUAUUCUUCACAGUAAUAAUACUAGAGAUUCUGAAGCUGAUAACAAAGUAGGAAUUGUAACUUUGGCUAUUAUUAUUGGUCAUACAGCAUCACAUGUUUUAUAUGCAUUCCUUCUUUUCACCCCAUAUAUAAUGUUCAUGGUAGCAUCUUUAAAAUACUCCAAGUGGUUUAUGUUACCUCUGGUGACAUUGCCGAACGCUUUUAAAAUUGAGAAGCAGUUUAGAUCGAACAACAUGCAUAGUGUACCAAAAAAAACUGCCAAAUUAAACUUGUUUUUUGGUAUAUUGUAUGUUUUAGCAUGUAGUAUGGUGACUUCUCUGCCCCACAUCACAAAAAGAUAAUUAUAUAGGUUACGUAAGAUGUAGGAAAUUUUUGAACAUAUCAGGGAUAUCUUGAAACGAAACAUUUUUUUCAUUUUUUGCAGUAAAUAGUCUAAGGUUUGAUGUUAUAUUCAGGAGUUUUUUUUUAAUCCUAGUAAAAUCAUUUCAAAAACAAUGGAAACUUUCGAGAGACAAAGAAAAAUUAGUGAAAAAAAAGUGCUUUCUCCAUGUCAGUCAUAAAAAACUUCAGUGUGGUUUUCCAAUGAGGGUAUUCAUAUCAUGAUGUCA